AUGACGACCAAAAUAGGAGACCAGGAGUCUCCUCAGGCUUCGGCCACCCAAGUUGAUCCCCAACCCAGCGUCAAGCGCGCUCCACCCCCAGAGACCCCGGCUGCUGUCCAAACGCGAUUUCGAGUGAUAGCAGCUUUUUGGGCCGUUAUCAUAUUCCUUGGAUUUCCAAUAUGGUGGAAGACAACAUCCAUUUACAGAGCUUCUCUCCCCAUUGAGGAGAUGGUGGAUUGGGCCGAUGGCAAGGCAUGCCGACCAGUGUUCCCUUUAGAGAUUCACCUUGCGACUCCCUCGAUGCAGUCUGUUGAGGCUCAGCACCUCCUCCGCACGACACAGCAUACACUUGAUGAUCUCAAUGAGUUCGCAGCUCAUCACCUACGGCUCAAGUUGACCAACGACAGCACAACAACAGAUUAUAAUGGGGAUGACAGCUUGGAAAGUGCCAGAAAUGAUGCGCAGGACACUGCGGAUACCGCGUUGACUGUUCGGCUGUUACCCCAGGAGGGCAUCGCAGGCCCUCGGUCAGAGCUUCAUGCAGCUACGACGCAGCUCGAUGUCUUCUAUCCGCCAAAUCAGGUCCCAGUGCCUUCUUCCUCCAACUCUCCCCUUUCUGUCUUCAUUGCCGAGGAGCUCCAGCGCUUGUAUGGAGAAGAAAAGGCUACUAUAGCAUACAUUUUAUCUGGAAAUACCGCUGGGCUUGCUUCAACCUCACCACAGCUCGCCGAAGACAUCAGCCGAAGGCUGCGCCGGUCAAUGAAAUAUACCGAAACCUACCACCUUUCAUUCUCACUCUUCACCCCGAGAUCUGAGCCUUCUUCGUGGGAUAUCGAGGCUGCUGCAUUCUCUCCUAUCAGCAACUUCACAGUCGAUACACAAGUGCAGCUCUAUGCGAACUUUGCACCUACUGCGCCAACCCCGGAGUAUGAUGAAGCCGAGGCAGCGUGGACAUUGAAGAAAGAGGACCUAAGUGCCUUCGUCAACGCUGCAGAAUGGCCAUUGAACCCAAGCAUCGGCAGUGGCCCGACAAUUAAUUUCAUCCUUUAUGUCCCAGACCCCUCACAGUCGCCACUCAUUGUCAAGGAGAAUCGCGCUUCUAGCUGGAUAGUUCCUCAGUGGGGCGGAGUGUUCCUUCUUAAUCCGCCGCUUUCCAAUCCCGACAAGCAGGGUGGCCGGUCCAAUCCUGCCCAUCUCUCCCAGGAAUCUCUGGGCCCUGCAUUCAUGACAUUCUCUCAUCAACUUCUCACUCUUCUCGGUACUCCUAGCACCCCUGCCUCUCUUCCCCUUCGCCUUCAGACCUCUAUUCGCAUUCGCGCGGCCACUCUUUUGCUUUCUGCCUCAUCCACAAUGGGCUCUCUUGCCCGCCUUACUGAGUCCCUGCCAUCUAUCCCUAUCCCCGCCACCGUGGCUACUUCGGUAUCUACUACUAUCUCUCAUCUUGGUGCCACCUGCUCCUACCUGCGCGAGGGUCGCUUUGGCGCUGCACUUGCUAGUGCCCGAGUCGCGGAGACAGAAGCCGAGCGCAGCUUCUUUGAGAAGAGUAUGGUUGGGCAAGUAUAUUUCCCUGACGAACACAAAGUGGCCGUCUAUUUACCACUUCUGGGACCAAUUGGUGUUCCUCUUGUUGUUGGAUUGCUCAAGGAACUCAAGAGGAUUGCUGCUGGAAGGAAGGCGAAGAAGGCGUUAGCGUCAUAG